AAAGACUAUCUGCGCUUGCGUGAGGUGAGAGGCUCAUAGGUCACUGCGCAGUUCAGUUCCGCCGGUCUGCUUGCUGCUGCUCCUCCUGGACUUCGCGUGGAAGUCUGAAUCUGCAUUGCAAAAGGCGAAAAGGGGACCGAACGAAGCGGCGAUGACGAAGUCCAGCGGCGACAAAUCCGAGAAAGAACCGUGGCGGGGUUGCUAUUACAAGUUCGAGGAAAUCCAGAAGCAUAAUCAUAGCCAGAGUACUUGGAUUAUUAUAAACCGUCGUAUAUACGAUGUCACAAAGUUUUUAGAAGAACACCCUGGUGGUGAAGAAGUCCUAAGGGAACAAGCAGGCGGAGAUGCAACAGAAAGUUUUGAAGAUGUUGGACAUUCUACAGAUGCCAGGACAUUGUCAGAAACGUUUAUUAUAGGGGAGCUUCAUCCAGAUGAUUGGGAAAAAGUUGAAAAACCAACGGGCCCUUAUAUUACCACUGUUAACUCUAAUGCCAGUUCAUGGACCAACUGGGUGAUUCCAGCAAUAGCAGCUAUCAUUGUGGCUUUAAUGUAUCACUUCUACAUGUCUGAGUAAACCCAGUAUUAAGAAGUAAUAAUGGAACACUCUGUUUUGGGCAAGGAAAUGAAAUAUAUACCUAGGGGUGGCACAUCAGGACAGCAUCUUAAAACCAACUUUAAGGAAGUGCAUUUCUCUUUUUAUCAGAAAUUCAGAAUUAAAUUGUUUUAAUGGCGUCCUACAUAAUGUUGCCUUUUCUAUUUUGUUUUCAAAUAGUAAUUUUUAAAAAUUUCUUCAUGUCUAUCAUUUAAUCAUAUGCUGCUACAGUGCUGCUCUUAAAAUUAAGUACACUCAUAUAGUCUCCAGUUUCUUAGUAUUUAAAAUUUGUCUGAUUCUUUUUAAUGAAUUCUUUAGGCUUCUUUUACAAAAAAAUAAGUAGAUGGAAGUUUGUGUCUGUGAAAAUGUUUCCAUCUUUGCCAUUGGCUAAAUUUUGAUAUAUUUACUUCAUUGUAUAGCUGUAUCAUUUUUAAAGAGUUUUCAGUAUGAAAAUGAUAAACACUUAAAAUAAUUUCAUUUUUGUUAAUAAGGAUAUGGCUAUGGAUCCAAAUAUUUCAUUGUGCAAAAUAAAAUACUAAUUAUCCUUAAAUGAUUUGAGAUAGGGAGGAUCCAUAAUAGGCACAAAAUUUUCAGUGGCCUUCAUUGUUUUAUAAGAUCUAUUGAAGUUCCCAAGAAAAAAAGGAAAAUAAUAAUAACAGAUAGAGGCUAACAUAGGGAACAAUAAUAGAGAGCAAAUCUAGAUUUAAAUAACUUCAUCUUAAAAUGCUUAUAUGUUGUGCUGUAUGGUUCUUGGCUGUAUUAUGGAUCAUUGAUUUAUUAAAUUGUUGUACAGGUAUAAAACAGCAGGAUACUGUCCCUUCAAAUAUUUGUGCAAGAAAUAAAACAUUUUCUUGUGUCUGUAGACAAAGAAAAAAAAAGUA